AUAAGAGAAAGCUGUAAACUUUGACGCUGUGCGAGUUAUUACGAUAUUUUGUUUACAUUUCGACGCUAAUGGAGUCCAAGAAGCGCUACAUGAAGAAUGACCUACCGGAUUAUGAUAUUGGUGCAAUUGUGAGUGUGCCACACGAACGGCUCAAGAGUCAGAUAUUCAAGUACAUUGAAGAGAUUAAAGCAAAUGUAGAACCAAUAGAGAGAAACGGCAAAGAUGGUUUAUAUUUGGGCACCGCAGGCACAGCGUACAUGUUCUACCAUCUCAGCAAAAUUGCUGCCUUCACAGAUCAGAAGAGGCAAUUACUGCAAAGUGCUCUCGAAUACAUUCAACCUUCACUGAAGGUGUGUGCGGAGGAAGUGAACCUUUGUGAUGUGCCAGCCUUCAUGUUGGGCAACUGUGGGGUGUAUGCUGUUGCAUCGGCAAUCUAUGAUGCGCUCGGCAACGAGAAGGAAUGCGUAAAGUUUCGCCAACUAUACAACGACGCCGCUAGCAUAUGCAAGGAUAUGUUCUUCCUGCAGGCCGGCUCCGACGAGUUGUUCGUUGGGCGUGCGGGAUACAUCUGCGGUGCACUAUGGAUGGCGAAACAAACAGGCAGGCCCUUCAAAGCGGAUGACAUACACGACGUUUGCAAGGUCAUCAUCUCUUCGGGCCGCUAUUACUCCAACACAAUGCAAAGUCCCACCCCACUUAUGUAUGCCUACUACAACGUGGAGUACAUCGGGGCGGGACACGGCAUUUGCAGCAUCCUGCAAAUGCUACUAUCUGUGCCCGGAUACUUGCUAGCCAAUCCGAACGAUGCCAAGGACGUGCAGGUCACCACCAACUAUGUGGUGACGCUGCAAGACCACGAUGGCAACUUCCCCGCCUCCGCUACAGUGGGGGAUACGAGAGUCCAGGACAACGAGUUGGUGCAUUGGUGUCAUGGCGCCGGGGGCGUGGUGUAUCUGUUGGCGAAAGCGUUUUUGCUCUGGCAAGACGACAAAUACCUGAUCGCGUGCCGACGAGUGGCCGAGUUGAUCUGGCAAAAGGGGUUGCUGAAGAAAGGCCCUGGCUUGUGUCAUGGCAUCGCCGGAAACGGCUACGUCUUCCUGUUAAUGUACCGCCUUACAGAUGAGGAACUGUACCUGCAUAGAGCAAUACAAUUUUCAUCGUUUCUUGAAAAUCCGAGCUUUAAACAUAAUUCGCGCGUACCCGAUAAUCCGUACAGCUUAUUCGAAGGCACCGCUGGCACUGUAUGCUUUCUAGGAGAUUUGCUGGAACCCAAGCAAGCAGCGUUUCCUUUUUGCGACAUAUUUUAGUUUGUUCUAAACAAAGUAUUUUCCUAUUAGUGUAUUCGUAUGUACAUUUGAAAGUUUAAAUAAACCGCUCAAUUACGAAAUGUA